CUCCUUAUUCUGAGCUUGCGUCGUGCACGUAUCGAGUAUACAACAUCAUACACAAGUAUCUUUCGCUCUGACGUUUCUCAACAUCGUUAACUGAAAAUAUAUACUUAUCAGUGUAUUAUUACAUACCUUAUUUAUGUGGCGUUCGUUCGCCUCUGCAGUGCUUCAGUGUUUCGAUUGCUAAAGUGUCUUUGAGUAGGUCUUCUAUACUUUAUCAUUCUCUUUUUUCGCGCGAGUGUACAACAUAACUUACCUAUAUAAGUAUUCUGUUGCUGCUGAUCAAGUUGAUUUUGUCAUAUACCUACACUGAGUGACAGUUGGAACAUUCCAAGAGAUUUGAAACGAAUACAAGUGAACAGUGGGUGAUUAUCGUUGUGUGCACUAUCUUUAGUUUGUGAUUUUUGUUUUGUUUUCAUAGUUGAUGACGUGAGUGGUUUCAGUUUUUUGUUUUGUUUCUUUUCAUUACAAUCGGAGAAGAACAGAAGAGAAAUAGAAAAAGGGUUCUAACUGCGAGACGCUGGUUGUUUCCGUGAAAUAUACUUAUAUAUACAUAUAUAUAUAUAUAUAUAACACACAAAGAGCAGAAGUAAACACCGAGAGACACGUCGCCUUACAUCCUUGCCAAACUCUGAUAAACAGCCUCAUAAAACCAACAACAACACCCAUCAUCACAACACUUUGGCUUUGCACAGCUUUCUCUCGUUCGUCCUCCUCCUUUUGUUUGACACACCGUGGCUUCGGUCAAUAACACACAUGACGAUCGGCGCACCAAAGCCGGACCAACAACGAGAACAGAAGCAACGUCAAUCACGGCGGCGCCGCUAAAAUAAAAAAGCGCGAGCCCGUAAUGUACGCGCUUGAUGUAUGCGCGUGCGUUUAAAAGAGAUGAAUAGCGAGUAAAGCGGUGAAAACGGGACUCCUCGAGGAUACCAGUACUGGUGCGCCGAGUCGCGUGACCGCGCACAGCAUGGUCAGCGGAGGGAUGGCCGGGCAGCACUACUGCCUGCGCUGGAACAACUACCAGUCCAACAUGACGUCCGUGUUCCACCAGCUCCUCCAGACCGAAGCCUUUGUCGACGUGACCCUCGCCUGCAACGAGGCCUCCCUCAAGGCUCACAAGGUGGUGCUCUCGGCAUGCAGCUCGUACUUUCAGAAGCUGCUGCUGUCCAACCCCUGCAAGCACCCGACCAUCAUCAUGCCGCAGGACGUCUGCUUCAACGACCUCAAGUUCAUCAUCGAGUUCGUCUACAGGGGCGAGAUCGACGUCUCGCAGGCAGAACUUCAGUCGCUCCUGAAAACGGCCGAUCAGCUGAAGAUCAAGGGCCUGUGCGAGGUGCCCGAGAGCCGAGAAGGAGGAGGCGGCAGUGUCGGCUCACCAUCGGGAGUCGGAGGAGGAGGCGGUGGUCCAACAGUCGGGGGCCUUAUCGAGGGGCCCUCGGUCAGCCUGAGCUCGCCACCCCGUGACUCGAGCACACCCCACAGGUUCAAUUUCACAAAGCUCAAGAGCAGCAGGCACCACCACCCGCGCUACAAGAGGCCGCGCACGUCCUUCGACGUCGGCGGCAACAAUCGGCUAGCCAACACGGACCGGCAUCUGUUACUGCACUCGCAGCACCAUCACCACCACCAACAACAACAACAACAACGCAAUCAUCACAAUCAUCUGCAGCACCAGCAUCAUCAUCAUCAUCAUCAAGUUGACUCGGGCAAGUACAAGGAAGAGGACUUUGUCGAGAGCUACGUGAGGGAUUGCAACAAGGAGAACCGCCGUGAUUGUUGGCCGGUCGAAGAUGAAGAUUGCAUGGAGACGACAACGACGAGCACCACAGCAGCAGCAGCAGCAACAGCAGAAGCAGCAGCAGCAGUAGCAGGAACAACAGUAGUCCUGGACUCGUGUCAGCGUAACAGCAGCGCCGGCGCCGGCGGUGGAAGUGGUGGCGCGGGAGGUGACGGCGGUGCCGGCGGAGCUGCUGCUGGUGGACCUGACAACAACAACAUCAGCAAUACCAACAGCAACGGCAGUAACAACAGUAGCAACAGCAACGGGCCUGUCGCCAACAACAACAAUACCCCCGCGGCGACUAAUAACAACGGUGACGACAUGUUCUGUCACACAGGUCUCGGCCAUUACGGCCAUCAUCCGGAUCCAGCUGAGGUCGAUUUGCCGCCCGAGACGCAGCCAACGCCGCCCAGUGCGACCCUCGUUGGUACGACCAUUACCCACCUCAGGGACGCCGAGCAUCAGACGGCUGACAUCCAGAGCUGCGACAGCGUGAAGAUAAAGUUCGAGACGUUGCACACGAUGGACUCGUCGGACACGAUAGACAUCGACAGCCACAUGUCCGACCGUGCGAGCGUGAGCUCGAAAAACGCGGACGACAACAUGAUGAUGAUAACACCCGAGCUCCUCGGUCUCAUGCCCUCGAGCAGCUCGGUGCACUCCGACUCGGGUGAAAACAACUCGCGCAGUCACUCCGGCCAGUCGGGCGGACACCAUCACGGCUCCAAGUCGUGGACCCAGGAGGACAUGGAGGCAGCCCUCGAUGCCCUCAGAAAUCACGACAUGAGCCUCACCAAGGCCUCUGCGACGUUUGGCAUACCAUCGACGACUCUCUGGCAGCGGGCGCACCGGUUGGGUAUCGACACGCCCAAAAAGGACGGCCCGACCAAGUCGUGGAGCGACGAGAGCCUGAACAACGCCCUGGACGCCCUACGUACGGGUACCAUAUCGGCCAACAAGGCCUCGAAGGCGUUCGGCAUACCCUCGAGCACCCUGUACAAAAUAGCGAGGCGAGAGGGCAUUAGGUUGGCGGCGCCGUUCAACGCGAGCCCAACUACCUGGACGCCGGCUGAUCUAGACCGCGCGCUCGAGGCCAUACGCUCCGGACAGACCUCGGUGCAGCGCGCCUCGACCGAGUUUGGCAUACCCACGGGCACGCUAUACGGCAGGUGCAAGAGGGAGGGUAUUGAGCUCAGUAGGAGCAAUCCUACGCCCUGGAGCGAGGACGCCAUGACCGAGGCUCUCGAGGCUGUUAGACUGGGACACAUGAGCAUUAAUCAAGCGGCGAUACACUAUAAUCUGCCGUACUCGUCGCUGUACGGGCGCUUCAAGCGGGGCAAGUACGAGGAGCCGGUGGUCAACGACAUGUCGCAGGACGGCUCGUCGCAGCACUUCCACCAAAGUCCCACCCAGAAUCACUCGUCCUCCCUUCCCGACCAGAUGCCUUACCAGGGCAGCUGAAACUUGCCUCUUUACUAGAUCGCCUUCACCGCGGCAUGGUCUAGUAAAUGAGGAUCACUUGGCAAUUAAUGUUGUCAAAGAGUUACGAGGCCUCUGAUGGCAUACUAAAAGGGAGUGAGAACAGGAAAGAAGGAUUUUUACUGGAGCGCGUGCGCGCGUGUGUAAGAUUUUUUGCUUAUACCUUAUGCCGAUGAAAGAAGCAUCAGUGAGGCGGUUGCACGUGCAUGCGGAAGACUAUUGAAAUAUAAAUAUACAUGUGUAUGAUAGACUGAGCGAUCGCGAGAUUACCUUGCGAUCCUACAGUAUUAUAACGAGAGUCGGUGUUAAAAAACGAUGCUGUGCAGAGUAAGGCGAAAAUAACAAUAUCACGUACAUUGAAUCCGUGUCGCGUUUUCUUAAUUUUUUAUCAUUAUAUCAUUAUCAUAAUUAUUAAUAUUUUUUCGUUUAUUGGAUUUCUUAUCCGACGUUGCUGACUUUUUAUUAANUUUUUUUUUUUUUU